GGCAGGCGCUCCCCAGUCGGUGGGCCGGGCCUGGUGGAGGCGAGGCGGCCCGGCCCCGGAAGUCGCGGCGGCCCAGCUGACAGGAGCCUAGCGAGGAGGCACUGCUCGGGCUCCUGCCUCAGUAGGCGGGCAGCAAGAUGGCGCUGCGGCCGGGCCUGCGAGCCGGUGGAGGCGGCGGCGGCGGCGGCGGCGGCUCCUCUUCCUCCGCCGUCGCCUCCGCUCCUCCUGUCACUGCUGGGCCGGCAGCGCCGAGCUCCGUCGGUGGCGCCGGACUGGGCUCGGCCGGAGGGAGCCCCGGGCCUGCCAGCUUCAUGUUUCCUGUAGCAAGUGGCCUCGGCCCUCAGGGUAUGAUCCACAUGCCAGGCUUCUCGAUGGUGUCGGUCAUGCAGCCCAGCAUGCAGGGUAUGAUGGGAAUGAAUUACAGCUCUCAGAUGCCUCCCGGGACGAUGGCCAUGCAGGGUGGCAUGCCUUUGGGCCCGAUGCCAACAGCUGGAAUGUCGUACGUGGGGCAGGCUCCCUUCCUUGGAAUGCGCCCGGCAGCUCCUCAGUACACCCAGGACAUGCAGAAGCAAUUUGUUGAAGAACAACAGAAACGAUUUGAACACCAGCAGAAGUUUUUGGAAGAGGAAAGAAAAAGGCGGCAGUUUGAAGAGCAGAAACAAAAGCUGCGGCUUUUAAGCAGUGUGAAGCCAAAGAUAGGUGAGAAAAGCAGGGACGAUGCACUGGAAGCGAUUAAAGGGAACCUGGAUGGGUUUUCCAGAGAUGCUAAAUUGCACCCCACGCCAACAUCGCACCCCAAAAAUGCAGAUCAUCCCACACCAUCCCAUUCUGCUGUGUCUGUCUCCCAAACCUCUGCCUUUCUUGACGAUGACGAGUUUAGUGACUUUAUACAGGGGCCUGUCGACACCCUGACACUCGUGCCUCCAGCCUCUUUCCAGACCUUUCAGUCUUGCCAUCGUCCUUCCUCCCAGGCUGGGCAACGGCUUUCUGAGAAGGUUGUGGCCCAGUCUCUCCCUCCAGUCCAGGUUCCAGUGUCCUUAUCCUCCAUCCUCCAUGGGCCCAUUGGGCAGGUCCCUUAUUUCUCUACUUCUCCAGCUUCACAAAACACUCAGAAAACAGGCCUUUCCUUGGAAGAGAAGCCCCCACCACCUUGUGGGUUGAGUGACUUUGGGCAGUCUCAUAUCAAACUUAAAGCUCCUGAAGUGGAGCUCAGUGCCACCGCAGCCCCAGCUGUAAGCGGCACUGACCCCAGGUUAGCGGCCAAUAACCAGGAGCUCGUAGGGGUCCCCCCGAGUGGUACCCCCAGCCCAGAGGCAAACAAGGCUUCAGAACAAAACCUGUCAGUUGAAGAGCGUGGUGUUGGAGUAUUUCCUGCCCAGGAUCAAAUCCAGCAACUGAUUCCCCCAUGGAUUUACAAUGAUAAUUUAGUUCCAGAUCUCUACAAGAAAAUUCUAGAAACCACUCUGACGCCUGCCGGGAUAGACACUGGCAAGCUUUAUCCCAUUCUGAUGUCAUCUGGGCUUCCCAGGGAGACCCUUGGGCAGAUAUGGGCCUUAGCUAAUCGCACCACUCCUGGGAAGCUGACGAAAGAAGAAUUAUAUACAGUCCUGGCUAUGAUAGCAUUAACUCAGAGAGGAGUUCCGGCCAUGAGCCCCGACGGUUUGAAUCAGUUUCCCUCCGCCCCGAUUCCGACGCUCAGCAGGCUUCCAAUGGCCAUCCCGGUCACAGUGAGCCAACAGUCAAUGCUGCCUCCUGGGCCCCCGCUCUCCAUGCCUCUGAGUAUGGGGCCAGCCGUGGUGCGGAUGAGCCUGGCUGCCCCGGUGGGGGGAGCCUCGGCACAGGCCGCCAGCAGCUUUGGGUCAUCCUACCCUGCAAACCAGGCAGCCAAACCGGAUGAUGAUGACUUUCAGGAUUUCCAAGAUGCUUCUAAGUCUGGGGGGCUUGAUGACUCCUUUACGGAUUUCCAGGGAGAAGUGUCUGGAAUGAGUAAGGCCACUGCAGCACUACACCGGAGCAGUGCUCCUUCGAUGCUGAUCCCGCUCUCUGGAGCAAAAAUGCCACCUACUGUGGAUAAGUACGCCGUUUUCAAAGGGAUUGCCGCCGACAAGCCUACUGAAGGCUCCGCUUCGCUUGGAGUAGAUCAUGGAGACAAAUACAGUGCUUUUCGAGUGCUGGAGCAGCCACCUGAGAGUAAACCCUUAGGAGACAGCUUUGCCGAAUUCAAGUCUGCUGGAACAGAUGAUGGCUUUACGGAUUUCAAAACCUCAGACAGCAUCUCACCACUAGACCUGCCGCCGAAAGAUAAAACUUUUCCUCUUCCUUUCUCUUCUCUACCUGCACCAUCAAAGCAACAACCACAAGGAAAACCUUCUCUGUAUCUGGCAGACCUGGAUCUGUUUUCCUCAGCCUCUGCUGGCGAGAACAGACCUCUUCCCUUUCCGGCCACCUACAACUCCCCCAAACAGGUGUCUUUUCCUGUGGCGCCACCUCCAACUUCUGCCACUGCUACUGCGCCUCUCCCGAUGCCCAGCAAUAGCUCGAUUUUGGCCAACGAUUUUGCCGACUUCAACCUGUUUGGGGGAUUGUCGAAUUGUACCUCAGCCACCACUCAGGAUGAAUUUGCAGACUUCAUGGCUUUCAGUAACAGCGCUGGCUCUUCUGAGCUGAAGCCGGAGGGUAAAUACAGCACUCUCAAGCAAGAUGGCAGCCCCGGUCCUCCCGCUGGCUCCUUGGUCAGUACCGUAAAGAGUGGGCAAAGUCCGGCUGCCGCAUCCACCAAAUAUGACAUCUUCAAACAGCUGUCUCUGGAUGGCCCCAGCUUAGGCUUUGAAGAACUGAAAGACCACACCCCUUCGUCGGUCAAGAGCGAAGAUGACUUUGCCGAUUUCCACUUGAACAAGUUUUCCUCCAGUUCUGAGAAAUCCCUGGUCGACAAGCUGACGGCUUUCAAGCAUGCCAAAGAGGAUUCUGCCUCGGUCAAGUCUCUGGACCUCCCGUCCAUCGGGGGCAGCAGCGUGGGCAAGGAAGACUCCGAAGAUGCGCUGUCUGCCCAGUUUGACAUGAAGCUGGCAGAUGUGGGAGGAGACCUUAAGCAUGUCAUGUCUGAUAGUUCUUUGGAUUUGCCAACCAUUAGUGGUCAGCAUCCGCCAGCCGCAGAUUUUGAGGACUUGAAGUGUGCCACCUUCGGAAGCUAUAGUAAUGGCUCCGCUCUGAGUAGUUUUCCAAGCUAUGAUUGGUCUGACAAAGAUGACGGUUCCCAAAGCAGGAAGUCCCUUCCCUUCCCUUCUCCUCCAGGAAGUGGAUCCUCUUUGGCCACCUCUGUCCUCCGGAAGAAAGAGACUUUGUUCGGCAGCUCAGAAAACAUCACCAUGACCACCGUUUCCAAAGUCACCACCUUUGCUAGUGAGGAUUCUCUCCAGGAUGUGACAUUUUCUCCUUUUGCUAACUUCAAAGAACCUGACUCUCGGUCUGUGGACCAGAGCGACGAUGACGUUGAAAGCUUUGGGAAAUUUGCAAGACCUUUGGCAGAGACGUCGGAAAGCCCAGCCGCAGGCACAGUCCAAGAGGUUGCGGGCUUUGCCAUCACCUCUUUGGAAGCGGCCAAAGAAAGCGCAGACGACUUUGGAGAGUUUCAGAGUGAGAAGCCGAAAAUCAGCAAAUUUGACUUCUUGUUGGCAACUUCUCAAGGGAAGGUGAAAUCAAGUGAAGAAAUGAUCAAGAGUGAGCUUGCAACAUUCGACCUCUCUGUUCAAGGAUCUCACAAACGGAGUCUGAGUUUGGGUGACAGAGAGAUCAGCCGCUCCUCGCCUUUGCCCCCUCCGGAGCAGCCAUUUAGAGAUCGGUCGAAUACCCUCAGCGAGAAGCCCGCCCUGCCUGUCAUCAGAGACAAAUACAAAGAUCUUACAGGGGAAGUCGAGGAAAGCGAGAGAUAUGCCUAUGAAUGGCAGAGAUGUUUAGAAAGUGCUCUCCAAGUCAUCAAGAAGGCAAACAACACCCUGAACGGAAUCAGCAGUUCGUCUGUCUGCACAGAAGUCAUCCAGUCGGCCCAAGGCAUGGAAUAUUUAUUAGGAGUCGUCGAGGUUUAUAGAGUCACGAAACGGGUGGAGCUGGGCAUCAAAGCGACGGCCGUCUGUAGCGAAAAGCUCCAGCUGCUGCUGAAGGACAUUGACAAAGUGUGGAACAACCUGAUCGGUUUCAUGUCGCUUGCUGCUUUAACGCCGGACGAAAACUCAUUGGACUUUUCCUCUUGUAUGCUUCGCCCAGGCAUUAAAAACGCCCAAGAACUGGCUUGCGGGGUGUGCCUCUUAAAUGUAAAUUCUCGAAGCAAAAAAGAAGAGAAGCCUGCGGAGGAACAUCCUAAAGAAGCCUUUAACUCGGAAACGGACAACUUCAAACUUGCUUACGGGGGGCAUCAAUACCACGCCACCUGCGCCAACUUCUGGAUCAACUGCGUGGAACCCAAACCCCCGGGCCUCAUUUUGCCUGACCUACUUUAAGCAGACUUCCGUCAGCCUUCACCUUGGUCUCGAUGUGGGAACCAUACACUAGCGGGCGCUUGGGUGGGAGGGCUGGCAACUAAAUGUGAAAACUGUUCUGAUUGCUUAGCGUGGCCUUCCCCAAAUCUGUCGCCCUCUGGAUGUUUUCGACUACAACUUCCGUCAGCCUCCCAGCUGGUGUAGUUGUAGCAUCUGGGGGGCAGCAGCUUUGGGGCAGGUUGGGUUUAGUGUAUUUAUAAAAUGUUUGUUUUUAGGCUAGCUGUUCUCUUUUGCAAAGGGUGAAAGCCACUGUGUUUUUUAAUCUGCAAUUUCCUUGUGAAGGACUUUGCAAGGAUUUGGAAAUAUCUACUGAUUUUUGGAAACAAAAGAAAUUGCACUGAGGCACAAACGGCGUUUCUGGAAUGGCUUUUGACUGGCACUCUCAUUCUGAGUGGGGCAAAGUUCUCUUCCGUUUAAUGAAGGGUGGAGGCUAAAGACCUUCCCAUUCCCAAGGAGUAACUUCUGUUUUAAAUGGCUGUAUCCCCCCAGGAUUGCAAAGCCAAAAGGGAGUCGGGUCUGGUUUGGAGGAGUUGUUGGGAGGUUCACGUUUGUUUGUUCUUUUACGCAGGGUCUUAAACGAUUUCUCACUCCUAACCCUGCAUUUACCCAGCGAGCUUCUAAAACAGCUGUUGGGAACCUUGGGCCCUCCGGAAGUUACUGAACUACAACUCCCAUCAGCCCCAGCAAGUGUGGCCAAUGGCCAGGAAUGAUGGGAGCUGGAGUUCAGCAACAUCUGGAGGGCCAAAGGUUCCCCACCUCUUUUCCUUAAAUCAGUUUAAGUGUCAGGGAUCCCUUUCUCCCCCUUCUUCGACAAGGAAUUCUCCAUGUUAAGGGAGCCAACUCAAAUUUGCUUGCAGAUAUUCUCAGCCCCCUCGCACCAAAUUUCUGUUAGUGUUUUAGGGUGCAGGGGAAUGAAGGGCCCCCUGUCACUUUUAGAGCCGUUGAUCUCUAUAGUUUAGAGAUCUGUCCCUAGAAAUGCUUUUAAGAAUCAGCUGUCCCAAACGACAGCUUGGAAUAAAAGCAGGCAAGAGAAGGUAUAUGUGGAGGGGAGGGGUCUUGCCAUGUAAGAUUGUGGGGUGUUUCCUCCCCUUAUCUUCUAAAGGGCAUUACCACUAUUUGUGACUCUGUUAGGUUUGCAGUGAGCAAAGAAAGCCUAAAGGCUAAAGCUGUCUUCUGUCAUGGACAUUUCUCAAACUCUCUCUCUCUCUCUCUGAGGGAAGCCCUUUUCAUGGUACGUUGAUAAUUUGAGGGGGGUAGAUUGGGGGGGAAGCGGCAUCUUCCCUCCCCUUUUAAGCAAGUGGGUCAUGCCGUGCUGUGGCUUAGAUAGGGCAGCAGUGCAGAGAUUGCGAUGAAGCAAAAUAGGCUGUUCUUCUCUACUCCCCCCCCCACUUUAAAAUGUAUUUAAUAUCUCCAGGUUGCAACCGCUGCACUGAUACAGAAAGGGACUGCUUAAUUCUGCUGAAACGAAGCAAGCAGCUCGAUUACAGCAUGAAACAAUCAAUCUUCUCGCUUUUUUUGUUUUGUUUUAGAAGUUUGCCUGCCCUCGCUGGUGACCGCCCCCUCCCUUGGAAACUUGAUGCCAUUCUCGGUCAGGGGCCAGGCCUAAUGAUGGCCCGUCUCCCAACGGGUUACACUUGAUAUCUACCACUGUCACUGUCGUUUUCCUAUUCUGCUGCUUCGGAGUGGGGUGGGGAACCUCUGGCCCAUGCACCUAAUUAGGCCCAGGAGGGGGUCCCACUUUGGCCCAUGAGACUGUCACCCUCCCGAAACCAUGUCUACCUGCCACAUGUGACAUCAGGUGUGGGACAGACAGGUAAAGGACGUGCCUAAUUUAUUAGGGGUUUAGAACUUCUGUAAUAGUCGCACAGAGUUUUCAGCAAGUUUCAGCUUUUACCCAUUGUGAUGCUUCAGCAGCAGGAUACGGCGUCAGCCACCGUGCGUCUCCCAGCUAUGAAAAUCUGAAAAGCACAGCAAGGGAGAUAGUAGUAGUAGGAGCAGAGGGUGAGCCCAGCUUCUCAAAUCAUAUUUUUCCUCUUGGGAUUCUCUCUUCUGUGAGAAGGAAUGUGCAGUUUUUGUUUUGGCGGAAUGUGUCAUUUCAGCUCACUCUUGUGUGGGGCAAUUGAUGGCACUGAGCCCAAACCCUGGUCAGGCCUUUGUUGGGCAUGGUAAAUACCAUCUUCCUCCGCACGAGAGCGCAUUUGAACGACGCAUUUGCCACUCUCACAAACGUGGGGAAAAUCGUCUUGUCAUCUCUUUAACCACAUCCCAAAACUAAUGUGAGAAUGCACUUGCAAGGAAUAAGUGAUAACAGGGUCAAAUGGAGGGGGGCUCAAAAGUCCCUCACCUCACCUCUCACAUCAGCGCCACAGGAGGAACAGUUGUGAGGUACUUAAGAUCUUGAGCAGCGAUAACAUUGGGGCAAAGAGAGUGAUCCACUGCACGCCAAUGGGCAUAUGGAAAAAAAGAAGUACGAUCAGUAGGCAGUUGGGCUUGCCACACUGAUCCUUAGGCGUUGAGACCAUGAAAUCCUUCUUUGGCUGCCUUUGCGUAACAAUCCCACGUAGUGCUUUCACAGGAGAAGCGACAUCAUCUGAACUUCCCUCCCUGAGAAGGGAGCUACUACUAAGACCACCUCCGGCCUUCUGUGAUUCGGGCGUUAGUGAAGCUGAGCUGCUUAAAUUUGAAUCACGAGCGUACUAUCACCCAUCUGCUGUACGUACGGGAGGGUGGGGUCAGGAUUUUUAUUAACGGUCCCAGUACAAAUAUGCAAUGAAGCCUCAUCCUGCCAGCCGUUGAAAGGCUGAAGGAGCAUCAACCGCAAACCGCAGUUUCUGAGGAGGGCCCUGACUUCUUUCUCCUGCUAUUGUUUUUCUCGAAAUCGCUCCAGUGAGCCUCUUUAGCCGGGGAGCGGGGGCAGAGGCAGGGUCUUCAAGUCUAAUUACAGCGGAGCUUAUUGAACUGUGAAUGCGUUAAAGCCCACGACAGAUACGGGAAGGGGAAAUAGCCUUCUGUUAUUGACAGUGCCGUGUCUAGUCUACCAAAGAAAAGCAUUUAAUGAAAAGGAAAAUUAAUAGUCGUAAAACAAAAACACCUUUCUUUGUGUUUUUGGGACAUGAACAGUUUUAAUUAAAAAAAAAAUACCGAUAAAGGCUGUUUGCAUCAUGCAUGGUGGGGUACGGGGUGUGUGUCUUGUUCCGCUGUAAUACAUCCAACUCAUUCACAAGGCAGCAUUGUGUUCACCCAUCGCCUGUGCUAUUAUCCUGUUAGCCAAAGGCCCCUGGUGUCCUUGGAAACUGUAUCCAAGGUUACGGUGUUUUCCUCAGACUGCAUUGUCUAAAAUUCUGCUUCUCUCUCCCCCCCCCCUUUGAGGGCAGGUUGGCAACGGGGCAGGGGGGAGGUUUUUACCAGAUAAACUUUUAAAAACAUUUUUCCUUUUAAAAAAACACAACACCACUUUUCUUUCUUGGGCGAAGCAAAAUGUCCCUUGAUGUGCAUGUUUGUUUGUUUGUUAGUUUGUUCGUAAAUGUACAUAUGUGGAGGGUUGGGGGGUUUUUUGGACUUUUUAACUGCCUCGGUCUUUUUUUGCGGAUGCCUUAGCGGCAGGUUUUCUUCAGCCCAUUUUAAAACUUAUUGCAGCCCUGUUGGUUCCUAAACAUGCCGUCCUUACCCACUUCCUUGACUUGGUACGGGAAGGUUGCGGUACUUUCAAAUGUGUUGGAACGAGGUGCCCAAAUGUUCGUUGACAGGGCAGUGGAGACCAAACCUACAACCAGGACCAUCCGUGCUAUAAAGCCGGAAUGGGGGAACUUGUGGGCCCUCCAGAUUUUGUUGGACUGCAGCUUCCCAUUGUCUCUGAGCUUUGGGUAUGCCGGCUGAUGGGAGUGUCUGAAAGGCCACAAGUCCUCCAUCCGUUAGGCAGUGAGCAACCUAGAAGAAGCCGUGCUUGUCUUUUGACAGACCAGGUCCAUCAAGCAUCAGGGUGGUUGGUGGGGCACAGUGUGCUCAUUUCUAGGCCCUGCAGUCCAGGGUGGGCAUUUCUAAAGCAAUUUUGCCGACAGUGGGAGGCCAGGGUGGUAACGGUCUUCUGGAUCACGGCAGGCAAACUCUGCGGCCUUUUCUGAUGCCUGCCAAAGCCCGACAUGUAGCUUCUGGUAUCCUGAUUUCCUUCUCUCUGUUGGAGAUAAUGUGCACCCUUCAAAACGCUCCCCUGCUGCCACAAAUGUAGAACUUGGGCAGUAAGUUGGGGAGGGGGGGACUUGCGGCAGUGUUGCCCCCCUCCAAGUAAAGACAGUACAGGCAACAUAGGGGCCUUCUUGGUGAACUCAAGUCACAUGUAGAUCCCGUUGAAGUCAAUGUGAGAUGUUAGUUAAUGGUUAAAGACCAGUCCUAUUCAUUCAUUCAUCCAAGGUCUGCUUGGGAUUGGGGGGUUAUAUCCAGUGCUAGCUGUACUCAGAGUAGACCCAUUGAUAUCAAUGGGCCUGGGUUAGUCAUCUCUGUUCAAUUCAGUGGGUCUGCUCUGAGUAGGACUAUCUUUAGCUAUAACUGUGUCUGUAUUCGCUCAGAGUUUUAAGAACCAUCUGAUAAUUUUGCUUUCAUUUCUCUUUUUGGAGGAGGAGAUUUUUGAGGGGAUGAUGGUGUUAGGGGAAGGAUGGACCAAAGUCGGUUCUGCUAAGGCAAGCAAGGUUGCAAAGGGCAUAAAGAGAAUCAAAUAUACAAUUAAUUAAUUGCAUAUUAAUGAAUGGGGUUGGGUACAAAAGGAGACCCCUUCCAAAAAAUAAAAUUGCUGUUGUACCAGUACAGUAACUCAUAUACAUGUAUAAGCUUUUGGGGUCUUUUUUUAAUUGCUAUUCAGUUUUCUUCAAGUGGUGAAAAAAGAAUGUCACAUAGCUUCAAAAGGGCUGCAUCAUGAUGGGAGAGUCUUUUAAUGUGCAAUGUUCCUUCCAGAGCUAUCUAGGCUGCCUCUGAAAUGGCCUUUGUGGUAGGCAUGACUGUGAUCUAAGGUCUUGUUUUACUUUGUGGUGUGCUGUUGCUGAUUUUUUAAAAACUUUUUGACAGAGUGAUUCCUUUUUCAAGACCCAGUUUCCUUUACUCUCGCAGUGGUGUACAAACUCUUUCACUGAUUCCUGUCAAAUUCCCUGAUCCUCAAUAAAGUACUCUUUCUUUUAGUCUGGAAAAA